UAUAAUGAAUCUAGAUUCAUUAUAACUUCUAGUAUAGUAAUGUAAUAUAUUAUAUUCUAUCAUAAGACUCAAAUCCAAUUCUAAACUGACUAACUUCCUUUAUAAACUACACAUGUCACUCCGGUACACUGCCAAUAAUACUCUCCCACCUUAAAAAUUGUUGGCAAAAAAAUAUAAAAAAUGCGGCAAAAAAAAUAUAUUUUGCAGCGGGAAGUCAAAAAAAUAAUGAAAAACCAGGCCAUGAAUUCAAAUAGAUCUCAUGAUAUCGGUGUAAUCUGGAGUUUUUAUGUAAAAUAAUCUCCCAUAUAACUGUAAUAAAUGAUUCCGUGAUGUAAUUCAUCAUAUGUAAGUGUAGUGCCUCAUAAGAGCAAAAUAUUAUAAAGUCACUUCAUUAUCCCCUCCAUUGAUAUAACCCCAUACCUCAAACCACUCAACUACCAAAACAAUGUCAAUUCCAACAACUCAAAAAGCAAUUGUGUUUGAAUCUUUUGGAGGUCCUUUGUUAUACAAAGAUAUCUCUGUUCCUGCCCCUAAGCCAAAUGAACUUUUAGUCCAUAUCAAAUAUUCAGGGGUUUGUCAUAGUGAUUUAUAUGCUUGGAAAGGUGAUGUUCCAUUACCUAUCAAUUUACCUCUAAUCGGAGGUCAUGAAGGGGCAGGUGAAGUAGUAGCCAUGGGUGAAAAUGUAUCUGAUUGGAAAAUUGGUGAUUUAGUAGGAGUUAAAUGGCUUAAUAGUUCUUGUUUAACAUGCGAACAUUGUAUGAAUGGAAGAGAAACUGUAUGUCCUAAUGCUGACAUAACUGGAUUCACUCAUGAUGGAACUUUUCAACAAUACUCUACUGCUGAUGCAAUUCAAGCUGCCAAAUUCCCCAAGGGAACAGAUUUAGCUUCAGCAGCUCCUAUUUUAUGCGCAGGGAUAACCGUCUAUAAAGCUUUGAAAACAGCUGAUAUGAUCCCAGGUCAAUGGGUUGCAAUAUCUGGUGCUGCUGGUGGAUUAGGAUCUUUGGCCGUACAAUAUGCCAAAGCAAUGGGAUAUAGAGUAGUAGGUAUUGAUGGUGGAAAAGAAAAAGGUGAAUUUGUUAAAUCCUUAGGAGCAGAAGCUUAUGUUGACUAUUUAUCAUCGAAAGAUGUAAGUAACGAAGUUAACACAAUAACCGAAGGUGGUGCUCAUGGUGUACUUAAUGUAUCAGUUUCAACUUCUGCCAUGCAACAAUCUUUAGAAUAUGUCAGAGUAGCUGGUACUGUAGUAUUGGUUGGAUUGCCGGCCGAAGCAACUAUCAAAACAUCCGUAUUCGACGCCGUUAUUAAAACCAUCACCAUCAAAGGUUCAGCAGUUGGUAACAGAGCAGAUACAGCUGAAGCCAUUGAUUUCUUUAAUAGAGGAUUAGUCAAAUGCCCUAUUAAAAUUGUGGGAUUAUCUGAAAUUGCUCAAGUCUACAAAUUAUUGGAACAAGGUAAAAUAUUAGGUAGAUAUGUUGUUGAUACUUCGAAAUAGGAUUGUGUAUUCA